AUGAGAAGACUAUUCUCUGGUUCAAAGACUCCGGAGAUUCCAUCUCCACCGAGGGUCUUUAGUAGGACAUCGCAGUCGUCGGAUUCUCCAUCGCCAAGUUUAAAGAAAUCGUGGUCAUCGUCUAAUUUGAAUUCAAAGUUAAAAAAAAAUGCAUACUUGACAAAUGAUUCGUCUGCAGAUCAUGAACUUUCGCUACCGACUGUCUCAUCUACGUUAUCUCCAGAAUUAAUUCCAAUUGUAACUUUACUAGCUGCACAGGCGCAUAGAAGGUACCAAGAAGGUGUUUUUUUGAUUUUGCAUGAUUUGAAAAAUGAUGGUACACAAGCAAACAGAAUUUGGAAAGAAGUGUAUGGUGUGUUGAUUGGAACACAGCUGGCACUGUGGGGUGCAAACGAGUUGGCAGAAGUCGGCAAUGAUUUAAAAGACGUAGCUUCGAAGCCAACUUAUAUCAAUUUCACAGACUCGAUUAUGAAACCAUUGAAUUCUUCAGAUAGCGUUGUUACGGAAUCCAACCAAAAGUUAGAACAUGUACUCGCAGUAUCAACGACUUUGAAGAACAGAUAUUUCUUGAAGUUUAGUGAUAAGGAUUCAUUCAACAAAUGGAAUGCAGCCAUUAGAUUAAGUUUAUUCGAGUGUACUGCUCUACAAGAAGCUUAUACCGCUGCUUUCUUAUCCAGCAGAGGCUCAAAAUUAGGUGACAUUAAAGUUGUGUUGGCUGAUACUAAAUUUGACUACGAAGAUUGGGUCAGUGUAAGAUUUGGUGCUGGUAUGCCAUGGAAACGUUGUUACGCUGUGAUUUCUCAGUCAUCAGGUAAAAAGAAACAACCAAAAGGGAAGAUUAGUUUCUUCGAAAGUGAAAAGAAAACAAAAAAAGUCAAUGCUAUGGCUACAGUUUUGGAUGCCAGAGCAGUCUAUACAGUUUAUCCAAGUUCAACACAACUCAUCGAUAGUUCGACAAUUAUCAAGCUGGAAGGUUCAAUCGCUUUCAGCAAUGGCUCCAGUAAAAAAUCAGUAGAUUCACAACAAGAUGUUGAUAUUUUUAUAAUGCCCGAAAAACAUCAAGCUGUACCCGGUUAUGACACUGUUAUCAGAUUUAUUAUUCCGACAAUGAAUACAUUCAGAUUAUAUGGUAGACCAAAGAAGUUAAUUGCAAGUAAGGAUGACCCGUCCUCAUUGUUAUUCGGGUUACCAACGUUACCUCAUAUUUACUACUUAAACGCAGAAGAUAUUUAUCCAAUUGCAAAUUCUUCAACAAAUAUGGAUUGGACAAAUAUGAUGUGGAGAGAUGCUAUUAAAGACAUUUUAGCAAAAAAAAUUUCUCAAGGUUAUGCAGGUACCGGUUCUUCUUCAAGUUUGACAUCUGAUAUAGCAACUCCCGUGAUUGGAUCUUCUGAGUUAUUCGGUAACUGUAAUUCACCAUUACCAGGCUCGACCCAAUUUUUUCCAAAUAAUCCCGGCAGUAGGAAGACCUCAUCCAAUUUAAAUAGUCCUAUCAAUACCAACUUUAAUGAGUCAAGUAAAAAGAACAAAACUGCUACUAACAGAGAACUUAAUCCGGCGAGAACAGACAUUAAAAACAGUGAAAAGGAAAAUUUAUCUCCUUACAACAAUGAUAAUACUAAUUUUACUAAGAAUCUCACGUCUCAACAAAAUGAAAACAGUUUAAAUAUGAAUGUAAGUAACAAUCAACAGAAAUCUUCGAAUGUACCGUUUGAGGCAGCAUCUACUGGGAGAAAAUCUGUCCAAGAUGCCGAAUAUAACUCAAAUGCUAAAAUUUCUCAUGGUGUUAAUAAUCAAUCCAUAACAUCCGACCUCGGUGAUGUCUAUGAAAAAUAUUCCACCUCACCAUUUGGAAGAUCUCAGAUUACUUUGGACAAAACUGUACCACAAAGUAUUCAAGUUCCCAUUAAUGGAAGUAAUGCUGGUGCAUAUGAACGAUACGUAGGCCAUUCAAAGAGCAAAACAUUUGAAAUAUCAGAUAUUGACGACUCGAGUAGUUCCGUGAACUCUGCACAAAGGGGUAAUAAUCAAACUUCUAGAAACCCAUACCCUAUGGAUGACGAAGAAGAUAAUGAUCUUGUUGAAUUAAGCAGAAGAAUCAGUCAAAUUGGUGGCAGCACUACUUCAUUUCAACAAGACGACUAUCAAAAUUCAUUAACUGCUUCUAGUGUUGCUAAAACGGAUAAUAUUUUUGACCCUGAUUUUGUCGAACAGAAUAACAUAUAUGCCUCUGAAUCAAAUGAUAAACCAACUCCAAAUUAUAUGUUUAACAAUAAAGAUGGUAAUAAUAGUUCUCAUUCUGUGAAUGACUACGUUAUGGCAAAUGAAUAUCCUCCUAAUAGAAGUGUCGAAUCCCCAGUCAACGUUAAUAACAAACAGCCAUUGAGUCAACCACAAUACAGCACUAAUAUAUCUAUGUCAGGUGGACCAAUGUAUCAGAAGUUAUCAUUAGUAGAAAACAAUCAACCUCAACAGGUUGGCAGAACAGAUCAUGCUCCGCCUAAUUUUAAUCAACAGCUCGCUCCACAACAGUAUAACAACAGAAUUAGGCAUCCAACAAAUAUUUCGCCACAAAAGCCAUAUGGUAACAUGCCAAAUAUGCACACAAAUCCAAACAUGCGUAAUCCAAACAUGCAUAAUCCAAACGUGCAACAAAAUUUAAAUAUGCGCAAUCCAAACAUUCAUAACCCAAACAUGCAGAAUCCAAAUAUGCACACUGCCCAGAACAUGAACAAUGGUCCAUAUUAUAAUAGACCAAGUCCAUCUCAACCCCAAAAUAAUGGAGGCAGACCAUAUCCAAUGCAGCAAAAUUACCAAACAAAUGGACAAUUUAAUAAAUCGCGCCCUCCACCACAAGCGCAAGGCCAAUUUAAUAACAGAGGCAAUCCGCCAUUCAAUCCAAUGAACCAAAAUGGCAAUAGACAGUUCAGAGAUCCAAAUAGCGGCAACAUGCCGGAACAACAGAGACAGAUGGUAAAUAAUGGUAAAGUGAAACCACAGCCACGCGGUGGGUUUUCACAGUUCAUGCCAUCAUCUGGUACUACUAAUAACAACAAUCCUUAUUCUCAAUAA